UGGAUCGAUACGCACAUCCCUAGAACCUGCCACGCUCGCGGUCACAGAUGCAUUGUGGUGGGUCAGCUAACGGCGGUGGCUUAAUAUCUUAUAAUGAAAGUUAGUUUUCCACGGGGCGUGGACAACGUUUAGCCAGCUAGCUUUGCCUGUCUGGCUCGGCCGACGAAUUCAUUGUAUCCCACCAUGUCGCAAUCGUUCCGUUAUUUUUAGCCAGCCCCUGAAUGCUAGCGCGGCUACUAACGGUAGAGGCAAAGCGUGACUAAUCGGUCUGUUUGAAAAACGACACAAAUGGAGGAGCAGUGGCAGGACGCGGCCUCUCGGCAGGUCGAGCUCCUCGCCAGUCGUUUGAAUGAACUGUUGUCCAAAGGCCUGGAGUUUAUGCGCUCCGAGCUCGGCGUGGAUUUGGGACUGAAGCCUGAGCUCAUUCCGCCAUGGAUGAUCCUCUUAGCGGCGUGCACCGGGCUGCUGCUGAUGGUCGCCCUGUGGGCCUCGGUCUGCCGGGGUCUUUUCAAGAAGCGCCCUGUUGCCACCGCCGUGGACGACGGGGUUGAAGUAAAACGAGCCACCGCCAAGCCUGUCAAAGCCGAGGAGCCGAAGAAAAAGAAGAAGAAGCCGGAGAAGAAAGCUCAGCCAAAUGGGAGAGCUGUUGCCGAGCCUCAGGAAGAAGCCAUCGUACCGGAGGAGAUGGUGCCACAUCACCAGACCCCCCCACCAGAAGCCAAGGCUGAAAAGAUUGCAGAGGUAAAGAAGCCAAAGAAGAAGGCCAAACAGGCCGCUAAGGAGACUAAGGCGGCGUCUGCUGAUGGCAAAGAACCAGAAGAAGGCACAUGGGAAACUAAGGUCAGCAACAAGGAGAAACGUGAGCAACGCAAGAAAGACAAGAGCUCCAGCGAUGGCUCAGCCAGUCCUGGAGGAGGGGACACACCUGUCAGCGCUCCUCGAGAGCAGCCCAAGGCCUCCGCUGCACCUGCUAACCAGAAGAAGAAAAAAGGAGAGUCCACAAAAGCAAAGACGGAAAAGGUGGCAGAGGCAGUUUCUCAAGUUAACAGCAGCGAGGUGGCAGAGGUGACAGCUGCUGCUGCUGCGACAACUAACGUGGCAGUGAAGAUUCCUGCUCGCACUGUUGCUCCGAAGACGGUCCCCUGGACACAAAGCAGGGAGUCAUCGUCACUGUGGAGGGCAGGGAUGGAUGAGUCGUGGACUGUGAUUGACAGGCCGAUGCCUUCAACUGACAUAAAUCUGGUUUCUUUAGCUGGACUGGGUGUUGGCAGCGCUGAGUCGCAGCCUGUGAGUGACCUGCCGUGGCUCGGUAAACCCCGAGUGGAUGACGAGUGGUCUGGACUGAAUGGUGGUUCAGUUGACCCCAGCUCUGACUGGAACGCCCCCUCUGAAGCCUGGGGCAACUAUGAAGAGCCCAACUCUCAGCCUCCUCCCACCGAGAAACAGCCCCUCGCUGAGCCGGCCAAGGUUAAUCUGUUGAUGGGAGCUGCAGAGGAUGAUGAGGACGAGAAGGACAAGGGAGACACUGCUACUGAUGGAGCAGCUAAAACCAAGAAGAAGAAAAAGAAGAAGAAGAAGGCUGCUGAAGAGGGGGGAACCACUGGCCAGGGCGACGAGCCAGAGAAGGAGCCGGCCCCUGCAGCCCCAGCGAAGAAACAGCCGCCACCUGUUCAGGAGAACGCUGCUGCCGUCCAGCCUGUCAAAGCAGCUGCUGCUGAGGUGAGAGCAGAGCGGCCUGUGAAGGACAACAAAUCCCAGAAACCCCCUGUCACACAAGUGCCACAGAAGCCCACUGAUGGAGAGCCCACUGCCAAGCAGAACAACCUUCCUACUCCACCACAACAAAAAAACCCUGAGGAGAGCCAAGCGGCCAAACCGGCAAAGAAGAAGAAGGCGAGAAGAGAGACAUGAGACAGUCCACUCUGCAGACCUUUGUAUGCAAAAGACUCCAUAUCCUGUUUAUGCAACACCUUUUGUGACAAGAACUUUGAACUAAGGUCUUCAUGAUGGACUUAAAACCUGUCUGGAAAAUGAAACGGCUUUUUGUACACAUCUCGUGUCAGUUGGUGGCUCGUUCAAAACUGAAACUUGAUGCAGUGCAAUCUAAAAACGAUGCGGUGUUAAUGAUUUCUAAGUAUGCAUUUGAUACUCUGAUUCUGUCUUCUAAUUCCACUGAAUCAAAAUAACUGAUUGAAGGAGGUGUAUUGUAGUAAUUAGACACGUAGGAAAAUACUGAACAUGUUUAGAAAUGUGUCUUCAUGGUGGCUAACGAAUGGAGUUUGCCAUGUAGAGAAUGGAAAAGGUUGAUGUGCGUCACGUCACUCAACACUGGGCCAUGAUGCUGAACUGGCCUUUGCUUUGUAGUCUUUUAAUUCGCUCUGAUAUCCGUGAGCCGCGAUGGUACAGUGUGCCCCGUCUGGGUGACGUCUACUUCACGUCAACGUUUCGGGUUCAAUAUUUGUGACCUUAACGAGACUCGAGGCAUUUGUUCAACGCAGAAAAGGGAACCAAGUCCGCUCUGUGUUUUUUUUUUUUUUUUUUUUUUUGCAUUUUGCAUUUUGCAUUUUGAACAUUUCAUCCACUCUGUCCACCUGGUGUGUCCCUUGUCUCAUGUUGUGCCGCAGUGUGUCAAGACAGACAGUUUAAUUUGCUGUUCUUACCGUCUGUGACUGCUUCAUGGCUCGGAAGCCUCUUGACCGUAGAUGUACCAUUGCAGUGUCAUAGCCUCUUAAUGAUUUUCAACCUGUGGGUGAUUCAAAAGUCUUCAGAAUCUUUUAUAAACCCUGUUUGUAAUAAAAGAAAAGCUUAAGCCAUAUGUAAAAAGACUAAAUAAAGGCCAGUUUUUCUAUA